UUAAGACAAGAACCCUACAACCACCCAUGUAACCAAAUUAGCUGCUUAAAGGAAAGCCCCCUUUCAACAAAUCCCUCAUAAUUAUUCCCCCUUUAUAUUCUCUCCCCAUAUAUUAAUUCCUAUUCCUAUUUCUCCCCUUCUAUAUACUCUUAGCUCCCAUGCAGAAUCCAUCCCCAUCUCUGCCGUCAAACACCAUGAAAUCCGGCGGCCGGAAAACCAACAACCUCCCGAUCGCCGCGGCGGCGCUCUCCGUUUUCCUCGUCGGCUGCUUCAUGUACAGUGACGACUUCAAGUCCGCCGCCGAGUUCCCGUUCUCGGAAGACCGGGAAAGCCCGGUCAGAGAAAACAGGGCACUGGUUAUAUCCUCCGUGGGAAACCCGGAAACAGAGCCGCCAUUAUUGACGGAGGGCGGGGAGGAAGGUGAAGGCGGCGCCGCCGUUGAAUUGCCGGAGGAAGAUUGCGACCUCUUCACGGGGGAAUGGGUUUACGACGAGGAUGGGUCCCACCCGAUUUAUAGGGAGGCGGAGUGUGAGUUUCUUACGGCGCAGGUGACUUGCCUGAGAAAUGGGAGAAAGGACUCUUCUUACCAGAAAUGGAGGUGGCAACCCAGAGACUGUUCUCUACCCAAGUUCAAGCCAAAGUUGUUGCUUGAGAAGUUGAGGAAUAAAAGGAUGAUGUUUGUUGGGGAUUCUUUGAACAGAAAUCAAUGGGAAUCAAUGGUUUGUUUGGUUCAAUCCAUUGUUCCUCCCGAGAGGAAAAGCCUGAACAAGACCGGUUCUUUAUCGGUUUUCAGAAUCGAGGACUAUAAUGCAACAGUUGAAUUCUAUUGGGCACCGUUUUUGGUCGAUUCUAAUUCGGAUGAUCCAAACAUGCAUAGCAUCCUGAACCGGAUCAUCAUGCCCGAAUCCAUCAAGAAGAAGGGUCAAAAUUGGAAAGAUGUUGACUUUCUCAUAUUCAACACUUACAUUUGGUGGAUGAACACUUUUGACAUGAAAGUACUCCGUGGAUCAUUCGAUGAUGGGUCAACCGAGUACGAUGAGGUGCCAAGGCCCAAUGCUUAUACGAAGGUGUUGUCAACCUGGGCCCAAUGGGCCGAAGAAAAUGUGGAUCCAAACCGGACCCAAGUGUUCUUCAUGAGCAUGUCUCCUCUUCAUAUCAAGAGCUUGGAUUGGGGCAAUCCUGAAGGUAUAAAAUGUGCAAGUGAAACAAGACCAAUUCUAAACACAACCAUGCAUUUGGACGUUGGAACCGACAAAAGAUUACUUAUGAUAGCAUCAAACAUAACUCAAAACAUGAAAUUGCCCGUUCAUUUUCUCAACAUUACUGUUCUCUCCGAAUACAGAAAAGACGCGCAUACGUCGAUCCACACCAUCAGACAAGGAAAAAUGUUGACUCCAGAUCAGCAGGCGGACCCCGCCACGUAUGCAGAUUGCAUACAUUGGUGCUUACCUGGACUUCCCGACACGUGGAACGAGUUUUUGUACACAUAUAUAAUGUCUCGCUCUUGACACGUGGGGGUUUGUUGUCUCCCUCUCUGCGACCUUAUUCAUGAACAAUUAAUUUUUGUUUUGAUCCAAGUGUAAAAAAAAUGAUUGUUUGAUUGAAAGAAAAAGAACAAUUUAUAAGAAGAAUUUUACUCCGUAUUUCUUUGGGUCGUGAAGAAAUAUUCUAGUUCAAUAUAGCUUGAAUUGGGUA